AUGACCGAAUCUAAAUCCUACAUUGUUACCUUGAAAGAGUCUGCCUCCGAUGCCGAUGUGUCGACUAUUAAGUCCAAGAUUUCCGAGCUUGGAGGCAAGAUCUUGGAUGAAUUCUCCUUGAUCAAGGGGUUCUUGGUGCUGUUGCCUGCCAUUCAUACUGACGCCAUUGAGAAGCACGAUCUGGUGUUGAAUGUUGAAGAGGAUAAGGAGGUCAAGAUUCAAUAG